GCACAGACAGGGCUGCGCAAGCCACAAACGGACGGGUUGCCACAGCGAACAAAACAAAGCCAAACACGUUCUUUACCCUCUCCCCAUCGUCACCCACGGCUGCCAGCCCUCUUUCCGCAGCGUGCUCGCCGUCAUUCCUCACGACCACAAUGCUCCCAAUCGUCCUCGGUCUUCUCUUUGCCGUCCUCCCCGUUCUUGCACAGGACAUCCAAUAUACAACUGUCCAUAAUGCGACCGUCAUCUACGGCACCUGGGCCUCCGGAUCCAUGGGCGUACUCACGGGCUCGGGCUUUGCAGACCCGGCUGAAGCGUCCUUCAACUACCCGAACACAACCGGUGUCUCGUUCUCAUUCUCGGAGGAUGGCUAUUUCGAGAUAGCACGGUAUCGAUUCACGAGCAACGGCACGAACCCAAGCUGCAUCCAAGGCGUGAUCGACUGGUCGCACGGAAACUACGUGCUGCAGCCCAACGGCUCGAUCACGACAACGCCAUUCGGCGACGGCUUCAUGCAGGUGCAAGACGCCUGCGCGGCUGUGUCCAACCUCAUCCAGGAGUACAACCAGACCGAAUACUUCCCGCAGUGGAACAUCUUCCUCGACUCCACGCUCGGCUACCAGCUCCAGCUCUACUACUACGACGGCUCAACGUACCCCCAGCAGAACCUGUACUCGACCACGCCGAACAUGCUGCCGACGAGGAGCCUCCGCAACGCGACGACGACCGUCGGCAAGCGCGAGCUCGUCAAGCGGAGUGCGGCGCUGAGGGCGCGGGGCUGGGAUUCGCUGACCGUCGUCGGCCUGACCGCGGCGAUGUUGCUCGCGGGCGCGUCGUCGCUACUGCUGUGAUGAUGGUGGACAGGCGUACUCGCGUAUAGCUUCCUCUUUGACCCCUUUUCUCCUGUCUUGUCAUGCUAGUUACACUCGCACAUUUUUUACGACCGGCUGUCGGACCGUUCGCAUUAGCUACUCCUACUUCAUGAGCGGAUUGUACCUCGACCAGAUGAUACCCGUCGACUGCCUUCCGCGUCCGCUCGUUUGAUCCCGAGAUACACGAACGGUGGCUAAGUUACUGUAUGACUACUUACAGACUGCCCAGUGGAUGGCGAAGUGAGCCCCGCUCCAAUAAUCGUUCUUUGAUCCCACAUAUCGGUCUUCGGAUGCUUCAACGGGACCAGUCUGCGGAGGAGCAGAUAAGAGCAGAACCCUUGGCUUCAGCGAUAUAUAUACUGGUUUUCCACGAGGCG